AUCGAAUGAUUGCUGUCGCUAAUCUAACUCUACUGGAAUCCAUGGGGUGCAUUUUCCAAUAUCGUAUCCGAGACCGAUACUGAUGAGUAAACUGGCCGUCUCUCCUCCCUUGACCGCUCCAACACGCAUACGCAGCCCCCAAGACAUAUGGCUCAGCUCUCUCACAUAACCUCCAACACGACACUCCACCAGCGGCCCCCCCCCUCACAGUCUCUCUCCCUGCGCGGAGCCCCCAGACCCACCCCCAAUAAUCAACCCGUUACGCCGACGCUCAUCCACCAGUCGAGACCUCCAACACCCACGCAGCCCCUCCUCCACCACGCACCGAACCCGAGCAAGGGCGGCGGCGGCAGUGGCGACGAUCAUCCCACGCCCACCCGGUCUCUGACGCCCCCAGGCCUGUCUGCUCCCUCUUUUCUCUCUCCCUCCGCCGGCAGAAGCGGAGCGCCACCGUCGUCCCCGUGCUCGCUGAAACACGCGGCCCGAGGGCCCGAGGCAUCCAAAACGCCUGGCUGGUCGGCGCGCGCAGCGCUCAUCGCCGCCCAUGCUGUUUCGCUGGCCGUUUGGGACAUUUGUCGGAGGCGUGGCCCAGCUAUUGCGCCUGGCCCUCGGGCGCUUCCCUGCGCAGGUCGCCGAUUGCGCGCGAGCCAGCCCUCCCCCCUCGCCCCCUCCCUCCCGAGUCCCGAGUGUCCCAGCCCUGCGCCCCUCAUCCUCAUCAUCAUCCUCAUCAUCGUCAUCAUCAUCAAUGGGGCCCUUCCUGAACAUUUGCCUUUUUCGUGAAAUUGCCCCUGUUGGCCCUGGCGCCUGCCG